AUGGCACCAGCUGCUUUACUACAACAACAAACAAUAACGGACCAUGGCUAUAAUAGCGCCAAUGGUUCUAACCACAUCCAUGAACUCAAGUUGAAAAAUGAAAUUCCACUAGAUAAAGAUGUCGUCUUAACAACAUUUACAAAUGGAGUUGGUAUCAACCCUUUACCUUUGAAUUGGAGUUCCUCUGACCCAUUAGUUAGAGGGCCAAUUGUUGCUUCAAGAUAUAAGAGCGGUUUACUCAAACAUAAUGCUAUUGGUGCUCAUUCAGGCUCUUAUUGUAUCUACCAUGCUUUAGCUGUCGGUUCCAAACAAUUGAAUCCAAAUUAUGAUGCUGAUUAUACAAAUGCUCAACCUGCAUUCAAGAUUAAACAACAACCACAAUGGAGUAAUCGUGAAAAAAUUGUUUCAAUGGAUCCUUUUGGUCAUUUAACUCCUUGGUUAUAUUCUAAAGUUGGUCAAGAUGAAGAUGUUGAAAUCAAACCAACCAUUUCUGUUACAAAAGCUCAUAUGCAAUUAUUGGAAAUGAAAGAAGCUGUUGAUCAAGGUCGUUUGAAAAUUGAUGGUCAAGUUGUGAUCAAUUCAAAUGGUGAUUUAAACGUCUCUAAAGUUGCUGUGGAACCUGUUUGGUAUUUACCAGGUGUUGCUAAAAGAUUUGGUAUUAGUGAAAAUGAGUUACGUAAAGCUUUAUUUGAAGAUACAAAUGGAAUGUAUCCAGAAUUAAUUACAAGACCUGAUAUCAAAGUAUUUUUAGCCCCAAUUGGUGGAUUAACUGUUUAUAUCUUUGGUAAUCCAGAAGAUAUUUCAAAUCCUGACAAAAAAUUAGCUUUAAGAGUUCAUGAUGAAUGUAAUGGUUCAGAUGUUUUCGGUUCAGAUAUUUGUACUUGUCGUCCAUAUUUAACUUUUGGUAUUGAAGAAGCCGCAAAAGAAGCUCAAAAUGGCGGUGUAGGUGCUGUUAUCUAUUUUAGAAAAGAAGGACGUGCAUUAGGUGAAGUUACUAAAUAUUUGGUUUAUAAUGCAAGAAAAAGAGGUGGUGAUACUGCAGCUGAAUAUUUCCAUAGAACAGAAUGUAUUGCAGGUGUUAGAGAUAUGAGAUUUCAACAAUUGAUGCCAGAUGUUUUACAUUGGUUAGGUAUAACAAAGAUUGAUCGUAUGCUUUCAAUGUCAAAUAUGAAACAUGAUGCUAUAGUGGAUCAAGGUAUUCCAAUCUUGGAAAGAAUUCCAAUUCCUGAUGAAUUAAUUCCACCAGAUUCAAGAGUUGAAAUUGAUGCAAAGAUUAAUUCUGGUUAUUUUACAAAUGGUAAAGUAUUAAAUCAAGAUGAAUUAAAAGAAGUUAAAGGUAGAGAUUGGAAUGAUGUUGAGUAA